AUGUCAGAGUAUCAUUUCAAACGCAAAGACCCAAAGAGGAAUGCCUCGACAAGAGCUGCCCCGGCGAGAACUACGUUGCAAAGUUCUGGUUCCAAAAGGAGGUCGGACCACGCUGAUGAACCAGAGAGCGAAGGUGGGAGAUCCAAGAGGGGUCGCAAUAGUGGCAGUGGACGGCGACAGGACAACGAGAUAACGCAGAGUGAACCAAGCCAAGAGGUUCACGCGAAUGGCUCUCAACGAUUGAGACGUUCUGGAGAGGCUGCCGAGGCGGAAGCGUCACACGAGGGCACUGAUUCAUAUCGAGACAGUACAUAUCAGAUCCCGCGAAAGCAGCCGAAUGAUCCAACGGAAGAUGAUGGUAGGCCUGAAGUUGACGAUGAAAAUAAUGCCGCUAGGGAUCGAGAUGUCAAUGAUGGUCUAAGAGAGGAACAUGGCCUUUUACGGGGCGGAAUCCAUUGCGAUGGCCAAGAAGAGCCGCACUCCAAUUCUCCGAGGUCAGAUCAUGCGCCAACUUCCGCGAUCGAUCAACCAGAAAGCGAGCACGCUAAAGCUCACGGAGCCUUUUUCGACGAAUUGUAUGCGCGAAUUCCAGGAGAUCGCGCAUGGGAAACGCCGUUGUGGCGAUAUGCCGAGUUCGUAACAGCCAGGGAUCAUUUCAACGAAGUGAGCCUUUACCAGAAGAUCGAUAUGCUAAAAUCAAUUCUGGAAACACAUGGAGUAAACGACGAUUGGUCCUUGGCUCCGCCUUUCAAGCGCUAUGUGGAUGGAGAUUUGCUUCCGGAAGAUGCUUGGCCUCCACUACAAGAAGAACUCGAGAAGAUGUGGGAAGAUAUGAGGACUGAACUUGUUACGAGACGGGCUUCUCGUCACGCGAUACAAGAAUUCGACGCCAUGUGCCAGAAGGCUUCAGCGCAGGGCUACCUGUUUGAACUUCCAGAGGCAGAAGGAAGGCAACCCGACGACUAUGUCGAAAAUGAACUCCGUCCAGUUUUCAUUCAGGAAGCAACAAACUUCUAUGAACCCCACUGGAACAACGACGUGAAGGAACAUGGCCAAGAUUCCUACGAUAGCAUGAAGGCUAGCGUGAGGAGCGGACUGCUUCCGUGGGGCCCAGAGGAGGACAGAUGGCGGACUCGUUGGGCUGAGAUGGGACAGGUUUUACAAGAUCACAAUUCAGAUGCCCGUAGCCUCGGCCGAUUUCAAGGUCUUCAUAACAUUGCAGAGCAUGACUUCAGGCUGUAUGGAGACUUACUUAGGCCCUACCAGUUCGACGACAGCUUCUCCAACAAGCUACCAGAGUACUGUGCACAGUUGGAUAAGUUCUUGUCAGGACAGAGAUACGCGAAUCGGGACAAAGCGUGGAUCCAGGCCAUUGAGGAUGCCAGAUAUCUGGACGAACACGCCAAACUGAGGGAAGACUUCCAGUACAAUGUGAAGGGCAGCAAGGAACUCUCAAGACCACCCAGAUCACAUUUUAAUCGUGUGCCUCCGGGAGUUACGUCCAAACAACACUCGAGAGCGGUGGGCCCGCGACAGGACCUCGGUGGCUUCUGGAACUUCAAAGGUGCCCUGGGUAGCGGGAUGUGUGGAUCUGCCUCUCUUUGGGCGAGAGAAGACCAUCACGCCCGCAUAGUUGAACGCAUCGUCGUCAAAGACAGUCAACUUCUUCAAAAUAUGGAUUGGAACAGUUCGGCCAACUGGUACGGCGAUAUACAUAUGCGAAUUCCAUAUGAGUGGAUAACCAAUCGCUGGCUGAAAGCCUGCGAGGAAUCUAUUAACGUCGUCGAGUGCAAGAAAGCCUACUCCAUCUACGAUGAGUUGCAUAUGUAUCGGGUGUAUCUUGAGUACUGCCCGCACGGCACAUUGGAGGAUCUCAUUGCAAGACACGAUCGGCUACGAAGACCUGAAAUAAGAGCUUUUGAUGGCCAGAGAAUACCGCAGUAAGGAUUUCAUCUUUCAUGAGCAGCAGGAUACUGACAAUGUCGCAGUCGUAUUCCAGUAAGGGCUCUGUGGGCGAUAUUCGAAGCUCUGGUGUCGGCGGUCUGCCUCAUGCGGCACGGUCGUCUGCCGGAUCAGGAUGAGCGAAGGACUACUCCUGACCACAGGACUAUCCUCCACUUGGAUAUCAAGCCUGAGAAUGGUACGCUAAACGAUAGCAGGAAGAUAGUAGUGGCUGACUAAGAUCGCAGUCCUUUUAGCGGAGCCAAAUAAGGAGCUGUGGCCAGGCAUACCGGUGCCAAAGGUUUGUCUCGGGGGACUUCCAUGUCUCUAUUGUUCAUCACUGAACUUUUUAGGUCGCCGAUUUCGGUAUAGCUAUCAUUGCUAUGACCGACGAAGAUGCACCAUAUGGGGACGGAUCGGGUACAAGAGGAUAUUUUCCUCCGGUAGGAAGCAAUGACAGACGAAGGCGAUUAUCCACUAACUGAAGUAACAGGAGCAAGCGCUUUUGAGCUACGAAUAUCAUCCUGAGUGGUACCGCAGGUACAGAAUGUCUACCGCUAGCGAUGUUUGGAGUAUUGGACGGACGAUGCUUUCGCUGAUGAAAAUCACUCAAGUUGAGACCAUCAUGUACGAAGAGUACAAGUACUUCGACUUCGACCGGGGGGGAGACGUCCCAGAGUUUGGGGAUGCAGAAGAGAUAUACCCUGCGGCCCUUUGCGAUCUGGUCAAGGCAUGCUUGCAAAGACUUCCACCAGAUCGCAUUCCAGUAGAUCAGCUGUGGAGCAACAUUCACAUGCAUGUUGCAAGCUGUGAGGGCCUCAGUGCGAGGGUCAUGAAGCUUGACCCGGAGGAUCCUAAUGAGUUGCUGGAUUACAAAGAGGACCAGUAUACGCUGUUCACGAGAACAGGAUGA